AUGUUUCAGUGGCGCCAUGCUUCUGCCCAACAAGUUUAUGAUAAGGCAGAAGAAAUUGCAAAUCAUAUUGAAUCCACACGCUUAUCCAACCCUUCUGUUUCUACCUCUACAACCCAUGCACCCUCAAAUGUUAUCUCCCAUUCCACUUCCACCCCUACUCCUAACCAUACUUGUCUCAAUGUAGGGGAUAAUGUUUAUAUGAUUGAUCCAACCACUUGCUGCGCCAAGAAGGGUGCUAUUACUUCCAUUGUGCAUACCACCUCCAGCAAUAUGCCAAAUGUUAGGUGGAAUGGGGAGUCUAAAGAUACUAUGAUUCCUUUCCCCUCACUUAAAAAAGAUGAAUGCCCUGCUGCAGCUGCCCCAGUCAAACCCAUUGUUGCCCCUACUCCUGUCCUGGCCUCAAACUCUAAAGGUCCAGGUCUUAUGGAUCUUGAUGGGAAAGGCUUUGCAAGUGUCACAUGUCAUGUGUGCGGUGGUAAAAGUCAUUUUGCACGCAGUUGCCCCUCAAAGCCCAUGUCUGGACAUGUGGCCAAUGUUGAAUGGUCAUGGGAAAGACCCAAGGAAGAAAGUUGUAUUGAGGUUGUUUCUGAUGAAGAAGAGUUGGGAAAAGGGAAAGCCAAGGCCAACUAA